AUGUUCGCCAAGUCUGCUAUCAUCCUGGCUGCUGCCAACCUCGCCGCUGCGCACACCACCUUCCAGAGCUUUGUCAUCAACGGAAAGAACAUGGGCCAGCACUUCGCCGUCCAGACCCCUUCCAACGGCAACAACCCCAUCCUCGAUGUCACCUCCACUGCCAUGAUCUGCAACGGCGGAAAGGCCACCUCCGACGAGGUUGAGGUUGCCGCCGGCUCCAAGGUCGGCAUGCAAUGGCACCACAACGAUCCCUCCUCCGCCGGCGACGGUGACGACCCGAUCGCCCCCUCCCACAAGGGUCCCGUCAUGGUCUACAUUGCAAAGGCCGACUCCAAGGGCGAGGGCGCCGUCUGGACCAAGAUCUACGAGGAUGGUCUCUCCGGCGGAAAGUGGGGAGUUGAGAACUUCAUCGCCAACAAGGGACUCAUCGAGGUCAGCCUGCCCAACCUCGAGCCCGGUAGCUACCUCAUCCGCCCUGAGGUCAUCGGCCUUCACGAGGCUGCAGCCGAAAAAAAAGCUCAGUUCUACAAUGGUUGUGGUCAGAUCAAGGUCACUGGCAGCGGCUCCGUCGCCCUCCCUGCUACCGGUGUCGACAUGACCAAGGCUUACAAGGCCACUGACCCCGGUGUCAAGUUCGACAUCUACAGCGGAAAGACUGAUUACACCAUCCCCGGCCCCAAGGUCUGGACUGCUUCCAGCAGCGGUGGCUCCGGCUCUACUACCCCUGCUACCCCUGCUACCCCCGCUGAUUCUCCCUCUGCCUCUGCCUCUGCUUCCGCCUCGCCCAUUGCUGCUCCCUCCAAGCCUGUCGAGUCUACUCCUUCCAACGGCUCCGGCUCCGGUCCUUCCAACGGCGGCUCUGCUCCUUCUACUCCUUCUACUCCUUCCACUCCUUCCACUGGCUCCGGCUCCGGCUCUUCCCUCCCCGAGAGCUUCACCAUUGACCAGUUCAUCAGCUGGCUCAAGUCCACCACCAGCAGCAAGACCCGCCGCCACGCCCGCGCUUUCAACUUGUAA